GUUUUUAUUCGAAUAUACACCUUUAAGUACUUUCAUGAUGGCAAAUGUGAAGUGGAUCUAACUUAUUACGAAGGAUUUGUAAAAUAUUGAAUCAUAAUUUUAUUUUUAAUGAAUUAAGAUGUAAAGAUGGCCACUGAUUGUGCAGAAGAAAGUACUGAAGGUAUCCAACACCCUAUGGAUCCUGACUCUAUUUCCGUCGACAUCACAAAAAUCUUUUUUUCUGCAUGUGGAGUAGGCCUAGAACCAGGUGAACUACUACAUGCAAGUUGGUUCGACUUGCAGUAUUCCAUGUCGGCUAUUGAAAUUAUGGAUCCCAAAAUGGAUGCUCGGAUUCAAGGAGGCAGGAGAGUUUUGAGAAUACCUGAGGCAUUAUCCACUAACCAGCUACCUCUAGGUCCUUUCACAUCUCUUUCUCUACUUGUGGGUAUCAUGGAUGAGCUGCUGUCUGCAUUUUCAAACUGGUUAACGGGAGAUUCCCUAGCUCAAAGCAUUUUUAUAUGUAUGUACAUGCACUGCACACCAUUAGUUCACGACAAAUAUCUAGUUGCAUUUUGUGAGUCGCUUCGCCGAAUAGUUUUUCAGUUGCGUCAUAUAAUCAUCGCUGUCGGUGUUUUUGACGAGGAAGACCAUUAUACGUUUAUUCAUGGUAUGCCUAUUGAAGAAGCCCACCCAGUCUAUUAUUAUUAUGGCUGUAUGUCUACCGAAAAUAAUGGCUGCGUGUGCAAAAUGCGGUCUAUCGAUCUAAUUACUCAUGUGAAUGAUUUAUACACAAAUCUGGAAAAUAAUUCCAGUGUAUUUAGUGAUAGAGAAGAAAAUCUUCUUGCGGGACUACGUAGCCGUCUACAAUUUGUGCAGUGUUUAUUACUGUUCACAAAUCUCUUUUUUGAGCGCGUUAUUCCAGCUAUACGGGAAUUUCAGCCGGAUGAUUUCGAAGGAUAUACAAAGAUAGAUUUUGAUGCUGGAGAAACUGCAUCUCUUUCGAAAGUAUCUGAAAUUCAAGACAAUGCUAUGACCCCAUGGGACUCUUUUAUCUGCUUUUGCCGCGGAAUAUCACAGCAUAUUAGUGGUCUAAAAUCGUUGAGUAAUACAUUAUUGGAAACUGCAUAUAUCGGCGAAAAAGCUGGUGAAGGGAAGCAUAGACCUAAGGAUGCAAUCUAUGGUCUCCCAGGUUUUGAAGUUUUUCUUAAUCAAACUAGUGUACCUUCAUACAUGCCUAAGGUAGUAGAUAUUCAUGAUCGUCACAAAUCGUUUGCUUAUUUUUCUAAUCUUUUUACAAAACUGGAACAUAUUUUAUGCACAUAUGAAACAUUUUCUGAGUGGCAUAAGUUAUAUCCUGAUCCGUUACGUCUUCAGAGUUUGUGGGCAUUCAUUCAGAAGUCUGGUCAAAUAUCCUGUUCUUAUGUCAAAGCUCUCCUGUUACACGAUAAUUCUAGCGAAUUUUCUUACGACACUUUCAACCAUUUCGCUCACAUUCCUGCAAUUUACUGUUUAAAUCGUUCACGUCAACGUUCAGCUCUUGCACCAUGGUUGCAGCGUCUUCCAGAUUUACUCGACGAAUGUGUACGUGCAGAAUUUGUAAUUGGUAUUGAAUUGGGAAAUGUUCUAUCAAACAACACAAAUGCUAAAUUGUUUAAAUCACAGGGAGAGUUUGGCAUUCCUUCAUCACAGUUUUCUGUUCCAGUAGAAAUUCAUCUAUCGCACUUUGUUACAUAUGUGUACUAUUACCUUGCCUGGGAUUAUGUUAUAUCUGGCUUUCAAUUGGAUUUAUACUCUCCAAAUGAAUGGUUAUUCAUUUAUGCAUUUAUGAUACAUUUGUUCCGGAAUAUAAGUGAUCUAAUCAAUCGUCUAGCCGAAAAUCAUACUUUUUUGACAUCUGUGAAAGCAGUUGACUUAGGAAACAAAUCUACUGAAAAGGAAACCACUAAAUAUGAUCCUGUAAAUGGAGCUGAGAUUGUUGAUAUCCGUAAGAGAAAAAAGAAAAAGAAACACAAAGAAAAAGGUAACACUUCUGCUAUGAACACUAACAGCAUAGAAACACCACACAUGAAUUCUAAUUGUACAAUUAAACCCAUACCACCAAUGAUACAUGAAAUUGGUUCAGUUUUCGAAGCUUACGUAAUUAAUAUACAUCAGUAUAUAAAUACAGCAAGUUUGUAUGUUAUCCGUGCUCUUCAGCGUGAUAGUGGGAUCGAAAUAAAUGAAAACGUUCAAAAUUCAAAUUCUUCGGACAAUACACUGCCGCAUAGUUUUAUGAAUAGAACUACAUGUCUUGAAUCAUAUGCCAGAAGGCUUGGAAUCUUUCUCAUUCCGCAAAACUCCCCUCUGACCGAGCUAGGCGGUGUUUCAGGGUCUUACGACUCAUGGAAAUCAUUAAUUUCCAGUAGUCUCAUUGAUGGUCUCCCGAUAAAUGAGCUAUAUUUAAUGGCGUCAAGAACCUUUGGUCAGGCACAAAAUUUAAUUCAAAAAACAUUAGAUUUACGUCCAUCAGGUGAAGAAAAUUUACGUAGGCUUAUGCAGUCUGAUAUAGCUGUAUUCUUAUUUAGUGAAACAUUAGGACCCCCUGAUCGACUCUCUGAUCUUCACCAGUUGGCUAAACAUAAUUCUAUUGCUUGUCGAGUCCUUGGCGUUUGUGAGGAUCGACGACCAAUUGUAAAUAAAUCAUCAGUCGACCACAAGAUGUCAUUUUUAUGUUCAUCUAGUCCAGUAAAAUUAGACUACAACUUUUUGGAAAGCAGGUCUUAUCCACUUAUUCGUCUUGCUAGUCAGUCUGAGAAACGGUAG